AAAAAUCAAAGAAGAUCGGUUAGCAUAGAUAACAAGUAUUCAUUAAGAAAAACCAGAAAAAAUGAAGAUGGAAUUGUAAGCCAUGAGAAAAUAGAAGAGGAAUAUUACAGAAAACUUGAAUACAGAUGUGAAAGCAUCUACACAGCGGCUGAAGCAAAUUGUAGAAAAAUAUUUGACACAUCUUAUGACAGAUGCCGGGAAGCUGUUUCAUCGGUUGCUUCCUGGGCGCUGUGCUGGCCGAUGAAACUCACCGUUGUUUGUAAUACGGCGGCAAUUGUAGGCGAUGAGAAGAAUUGCGAUCCUAAAUCGGAAAUAUCAUCAGGCUGGGGGUACGGUUAUGAAUACUUGAUAAAAGCCAAAAAAGAGAUGUUCAAAGAUUUUCAGCAUGCUGAAAUCACAUAUAAAAUUCGAAAGCCUAACAUCACAUUAGAUCUCAGAACAGCAGAUGACACAGCACAAGCAAUCAUGAAGGAAUUUGAGAGGAAAAAAGAUUUCAUCGAUUUGGUUUUGUUAUUCAUCAAACGACUAAUGGCACUUGCAUUUAUUAAAAUAAUACUCAGUGCUAACAGCUACCACACGAACUAUCUGACAGAUAUCAAGUUCUCAAAUUUUUAUAUAACAAAAUAUUUUAAGAAAAUCGACGCAAGGAGGCAUAAACAUGGCAAGCACACAUUACUACCAUUGAAGAAGAUAGAAAAAACAUUUUUCGUCGAUCCAGCGCAGUGUAAAUUAACCAGAAAAGAGCUAAAACAGACUAUGGGGAAUUGUAUAAAAAUAUUUAUUGAGAUGCUAACAGCAACGACAAUCAUACUCAUUGACCAGUUGUUUUAUGAGACGCUCGAUUUAGUCAGGCGACACUCAAAGAUGGAAUAUUAUCAAUCAGGAAUUCAUGAUAUGAUUGUUAAUGUAAAAGGAACCGGGAUGGUGGCAUCAAUGAUUAGAUCUGUAGUAGAAGAUUUUAAUUUUAAAAGAAAGCUAAAUGAAACAUUAUCUAACGCUGAAUGUCUCCCCGUGCCGUCAUCGCUUAAGACGAGUCAUCUUAAGAGGAUUUACAUCAUGUAUUGUAUCCUUUUUGCCAUGGUCAUAUUUCAAGGUUAUGCCGAAAGGCUAAUGAGAUUCUUCUGUGCAUCUUUCUACCCGAAACAUGAGAAACGGAGGGUUUUAUUUUUAUAUAAUGAUACACUUAAGAGAAGGAUAUCCUAUUUUAAAUACAAGCUGGCCAGAGUGAAAAGGAAAGUCCAAGAAAAUAAACUUUCACAAGAUGGCAAUAUAGUGUUGAAGUUAAGACUCAAGUAUCCAGGACUCCUUGGUUGGCUUAUAUAUUUUGACAUAGCAAAAAGAAAAUGCCUGAUCUGUGGUGAUCUUGAAUCAAGACGACAAAUUAUAAAUGAUCGGGAGUUGCAUAAGUGUCCGGUCUGUUCAUAUAUAUUCUGCCUUGAGUGCUGGAAUGACGCCGACGAAACGUGCAUAGUCUGCCAUCCGAAGUCAGCGUCCGAUGAUGAAAGUAUUGAUGAUGGAAAAGAAGACGAUGAAAUCGCUUAUUGAUAAAACAAAUAAAUCAAAACUUUUG